GCUAGCAUCCAGGGGUGGACUGACCAUUUGGAAACUCAGGCACUGCCCGAGGGCCCGGGGUCAGUAGGGGGCCCCAUGAGAUGCCCCUGGUACCUUUUUCAUAGGCUUUUUUGAGUUUGGGCAAGGACACAGGGGCCCCAUGAUCCCCUAUUGCCCGGGGGCCCCAUGAGUUGUCAGUCCGCCCCUGCUAGCAUCCAUGGAUACAUGCUGUAAUAUUGUAUGGUAAUAUUUAGCUGGAGAUUUGAAUUUAAGAAGAAC